AUGGGACAAAUUCUCAAUAAGAUCAUUACGGCCGCCGAUGAUAAUUUAGAAACAUUCUCUCUUAUUUGGCUCGAUGCAUCUGUGAAUAAAACAGAUGAUAAUCAGCAUACUCAAGAUGAACUGCGAGCGACGAUUCAUCAAUUGAAAACAUUCGAAGAUUCCGAACGGUGUCUGAAACAUAUUCUGUCAACAGGUAACGGCGAUCGAAUUGUUUUGAUUGUCAGCGGUUCAUUAGGACGAACGAUUGUUCCUCGUAUUCACAAUCUUGACCAAGUUCUUUCCGUCUACGUCUACUGUCAAGAUCAAACUGCCAAUGAACAAUGGUCUAGUCGAUAUCCGAAAGUCAAAGCUGUCGUCACCGACACGAAAGAAUUGAUUGUUCGAAUACAAAUCGAUCAAGAAAAACGCCAACAAAGUCGAAUUUAUGAGCCCUUGCCUAUCAGUAUCUUCGACACAAAAAUUGUCCAUGCAAAAUUAACGACCAAUCUUCAAGGACAUCUCGUUCAUAGCCAAUUAUUGAUCAAUUGUCUUCUACAAAUGCGAACUGAUACAACUGAUAAGAAUGAAUUGAUUUCGAUUAGCAAGAAAAUUUAUCGAAAGAACCGUGCAGAAUUGACUAUCAUCAAUGAAUUCGAACAGAAAUAUUCAUCUGAUACUGCAAUAUCAUGGUAUACGAGAGAUACAUUUCUCUCUCGGCUAUUGAACAAAGCACUUCGAACGCAGAAUAUCGAUGUUUUGUUUCUUUUUCAAUUUUUUAUUGUGGAUAUCCGACGGCAAUUAGAAAAGCUUCGUUUAUCCGUGCCCAUUCGCGCUUAUCGUAGUCAGUUGAUGUCGAACGAAGAAUUGAAAAAAUUGAAACAAUCCGCUGGACAAUUUGUUUCCAUCAAUUCAUUUUUCUCUGCCACCUUAGACCGAAAUCGUGCCAUCGCUUGCAUAGAGAACACUGACAACUUCGUACCGAUCUUAUUCGAAAUCGAUGCCGAGCCUAAUCUAAGCACGGACAAGCCGUUUGCAAAUAUCAAGGGUCAAACAUUGAAUCGUGAUGAAGAAAUUCUCUUCAUGCUAGGCUCAAUUUUCCAAAUCAUGGACAUUUUCACUUAUCAGCGAAGCAUUUGGAUAGUCAAAUUGAAACUUUGUUCGGAUAGUAGUCGGCAGUUGGAUAUGAUUGAAGAUGAAAACCAAUUGCUCUCAUUCGGACAUGUCCUAAUGACAAUGGGUAAGAUCGAAGAGGCGGAAAUCUACUAUCGACGCCUGUUAGAAGAUUUCGAAUCCAACAAACACACCGAUCUGGCACGUUGUUACGAAGCACUUGGCAAUGUAGCUGAUGAAAAAUGUGAUUAUGACAUGGCAUUGCAUUUCUACGAGAAAUCGCUACGAAAUAAUCUAUCUGAACCAAGCAAACGCUCGCUUGACAUCGCAUCGAAUUAUAACAACAUCGGAGAAAUUCAACAGAAGAAAGGAUAUUUUAAAAAAGCUAUUGAGAAUUACGAAAAAGCAUUAGAUGUUUUAGGUGAAUAUCCAUUGGGCAAAGGUUUAGUAAAACAAGCGAUAUGUUUCAAUAAUAUUGGUAUUGCUUGUCAAGAACAACAUGCUUACAAAGAAGCACUGAGUUAUUACCGAAAAGCAUACGAAAUCCGCCGGAAAAACUUUCCACACGAUGAAACAUCUCUCGGCAUGUCGUACAAUAACAUCGGCAACGCGUAUUAUCUAUUAAAACUUUAUACCGAUGCGAUUUAUUACUAUCAAGAAGCUUUAAAAUUGUACAAGAAAACACUUCCGCCACACCAUCCGAAGUACGCGUCGACUUGUAAUAAUAUCGGGGCGAUUUAUGAUGAUCAAGGCAAAUAUAACGAGGCGUUGAGCUUCUAUACCGAUGCCGCAAAAAUCUAUCGGAAUAUCUAUCCAUCCACACAUCCAAAUGUAAUCAAAAUCGAAGAAAAUAUUCAACGAGUUUUGACAAAAGUUAAACAAAAGAAUUAA